CUUUCUUGCUCUGCAAAUUAAAAAGCUCAAAAAUGGCAGACCCAUCUAUAUAUAACUUUCUCAACCAAAACCCACCAUUUCCUUCAAAUGGAAGAUCCUCAACCAGAAAAAACCCAACAAACCCGCCACCCUCUUCUCCUCCUCGUCUCUUCCAAUGCCUUUACUGUCCUCGCAAGUUCUACACCUCUCAAGCUCUUGGGGGCCACCAAAACGCCCACAAGAGGGAACGAGCAGCCGCAGCUCACCGGAACACGUCCAUGGAAGCUAACUUCUCUCAACAGCCAUACUCGAACCAGAACCAGAACCACCAUGGUCCACCAUUUCUUGACCAGUAUUACUGGCUCGAACCCAUCCCGAACCAGAAUCACCAGUUUGCACCUCCAGCUCGUUCUGUUUCGAUUCCUGGUGGUAGUGGUUUUUAUGGCGGCUCUGCUACUUCUCCUCCUCUUGACAAUGAUAUUCCUUUCUCUCCAGUCGUUGAUCUUAACAAUGACGAUGAUGAGCCUGUAAAUCUUGACCUCACUCUUCGUUUAUAAUUUUUAAUACCCAGAAGUUAAAAUUUAUUAAUUUUGGUUUAUGAGAAAGUUAAGUAUUAAUGAAGUGUUUUUCAGAUACCAAGUAGUUAAUCAUUGCUACCAUUAAAAGGAGUUUUUGAGAUUUAUCCAGAACCAGUUCAAUGAAUUUUAUUAUGAGAAUGAGAUCAUCAAUUAUUUCUGUUUCCUUCUAAUGUCAUGUUUGGUUUGAUCUUCCCUUUCUUUACGUUUGAUGAGAUAUUGUUUUUGUUAUUUAUUAUAUCCCAAAAAUGCCCUUCUGGUCACCGAAGCGGAAUCUUUCCGGUGAGACUUUGUGCUAGAUAAGUUCUCGUAAGUUCGUACGGUUCUUUUGCAGCAUUAGAUUGUUUAUUGGCCAAGCAAUGCAUGCCAGCCAUUUGAUCAGAACAGC